GCGAAAUCAAUGACCGUUGAUGAUCUUGUUAAAAUUUUACUAUUUUAAAGAAAAAUGAUAAAAAGAUCUUCCAUAAUAUUCCCUUUCACUAAUUUACAUGGAUUUAUUUGCUUUUUGUUUAUGUACGGAAAAGAACCGAAGUUUCCAUUCUUGUAUAUGAAUACCACCUUUUCGAGGCGUGCUAGCUGUUGGUCUGUCGCAUGAAUAUGGAAUGUCCAGCCAAAUAACUGCAACUCAUCUUUCAUUUCUUUAUCAUUCAUCGUUAUCACUUUUCAGGGCUAAUAUUUCUCUCGAGUGUUCUUGAAAAAGUUGCAAUUUGCUGGGGGAUAUGAUGGAGCAGAUGGAGACCACAAUCGAUGAUGAAAAGACGAUAUCCCUAAAAACCAGUAUUCUCUCCAGAUAUGAUGAGGUCUUUCGUGCUCAUACUUUAGAUAUGAAAAAGAUGAAUGAGAAGAUAACUGUUGACUGUGAGAAGUUUCUUCAAUACUAUGAAGAAAGCUGUUCGCAAAUGGAAGCCUCAAGCAAAUCUCUGCAACAACGGGAAUACGAACUUACAAAAAAAGAACUGAAGCUUCAAAAGUCAAAGUCAAAGCAAGAACUCAAGAAGAGACUGCAAGAAAGAUUGUCAUCUUGGAAACAACUAGUCAAAGAAAGCUGCACUUCUAUGAAACUAGCAGAGGGUAUAAAGGAUGAACUAUUGAUCCUUCAAAAGAGAAGAGCUGAACUGGAAUCCCAACUCAAAGCUGAAAGUUAUGAAAGAAAACAAAGAGAGAUUACACAACUUGAGACUGCAUUACAUGCUAUACAAGACGACGACUAUAUAGACCUUGAAGAAAAGAUGAAGAAUUUACAGACCGAAUUGAUACAGAAGAAUGAAAAACUUCAAGAAAUGAAAAACAAGGAAAACUCUUUUCGUGCAGCUAUCCAGACAAAAAAUGAGGAAUUGCAAGAAGCUCGUUGGGAGCUUAUUGAUGGUUUGAAGUCGUACCCAAUUGGAGGUGAUAUAGGAACGAAGAGAAUGGGGUUGGUGGAUUCAAAUCCUUUCUUUGUUGGAUGCACUUCCAGUGUGAAGAAGGAGAAUGCAACUAAAUUGGUAUCACAUUGCAAUGAAGAUCCAAAUUGGCAUCCGUUUACUAAGAUGACAGAUGGAUCUGAGAUUAUCAAUGAAGAAAAUGGGAAGAUGGUUAUUUUGAAGGCGGAAUGCAGUGAUGAACAGCAUCCUGUUUUAACAGCUUUGAUAGAGAGGAAUCGGUAUCACCAACAUGGGAGGGAUUUGAUGGAAGAGCUAUGGAAUUUCAGGGAGAAUAGGGAGGCCACUCUGAGAGAAGGCAUCGAUUACCUUCUUAAAGAAUGGAAGAUUCAUAAGCAAAGGAAAAGGACAAUGGUUGACACAAACAUAAAAGAUGAAAGCCCAAAAUCAAACUUAAGUCCUCAAAAGGAUGUAGAUCAAUCAGUUAUUCCACUGUCAUCUACAUCAAGUAAUAUGGAAGAAGAAGAAGAAGAAGAAGAAGAAGAAGAGGUAGAAUAUGAAGAAGAAGAAGAGAUAGAAGAAGAAGAGGUAGAAGAAGAAGAAGAAGAGGUAGAAUAUUAUGAAGAAGAGAUAGAAGAAGAAGAAGAAGAGGUAGAAUAUUAUGAAGAAGAGAUAGAAUAUGAAGAAGAAGAGGUAGAAUAUGAAGAAGUGAUAGAAUAUGAAGAUGAAGAUGAAGAAACAAACAAGGAAAGUGCUGUGAAAGAAGAUGAGAAGAAAGAUAAAGAAGUAAAAAAAGGUGAGGAAUUAGGUGAGGAUCCAAAGAGUAAAGAAAAGAGGGCUAGUUCUAGGGACAAGAGCACAAAGAAGAGUGUUGUGAAUGGAGAUAAUAAACCAGAAUCAUCAAGCAGAAAAAAAGGUCCAAAGAGGGUUGAAAGCAUGGGGAUGGUGUUCAUGUGUAGUUCAAAAACAAAAACAGAUUGUUUUCGCUACAAGAUUCUUGGACUUCCUGCAAAUAAACAAGAUCAAGUAGCAAAGAUUUAUAAAGGAAUGAGAUUGUUUCUGUUUGAUGUUGAUCUCAGAUUAAUGUAUGGAAUCUUCAAAGCUGCUGGACCCGGUGGUUAUAACAUUGAACCAAAAGCUUUCAAAAAUGAAUUCCCAUCUCAAGUUCGAUUUAGCGUGCUUGAUGAUUGUUUGCCAGUAGCUGAAGAGAAAUUUAAGGAUGUCAUUAAAGAAAACUACUACACACGGAAUAACUUUGAAGGUCUCCUGAAAGCCGAUCAGGUGAAGAAGCUGUGUAUGCUAUUUACAGUUACACAACAGGUUGAAAAUCAUCGAACUAGAUCCGAUGAAAGACGUAUAAGAAAUAGGGAAGAUGAAUCUCGAGACCAAAAAAAACUCAAAAUACGUGAUCAAGAGGAAGAAAGACGUUUUCACCCUCGGUCCUGGUCCCACUCCCCACCACGUAGAGAAAAAAGACGGUACAACGACUAUGAACAGCCGCCUGUUUUGUACCAGCGUGCCACCACCGUCACCGUCAGAUACCUGCCGCCACCGCCACUUCCGGUAGCGUCUCCGGCGACGUCAUACCCCUAUGACCAUCGCGCUUACCGUGAAGAGAUUCGGGAACAGGAGCGGGACCCGUAUUAUGUGUUUUAUCGAGAGGCUCCGGCUCCUACUGUGUAUGCUUUACCACCGGAGUACCACAUUGUAAGUAGAGAGUACCACCAUCCUCCACCUGCAGUCCAACCACCACCACCACCAGCGGAGCAUCGGUUUUCUGAUUACCGUGAUGUUGGGCCACCGCCUGAAUACCGUUCUCAUGAGACACAUUACAGAUAUUAGAGUUUUAUUAAUUAUGCGAAAUGUAGGACAACGUAUUGUAAUGUUUAGCUUUUGGAUUUGGUUAUGGAGGUUUAGUUUUUAACUUGUUGGAGUCACGUAUUAUGAAGAAGAUAUUUGAUUAAAUUUUUUGUGUUGCAGUA